AAGAACGCCCCCCCCACCCUCUCUCUCUCUCUCUCUCUCGCCGUCGUUGCCGCCAGGCUUCCCCUCUGCCCAAGCAAGGCCAUCGGUGCCGUCUCUACCUCGGCUUACAUCGAUCUCCUUCCCCCCUCGGUGGCGCUCGCCCUUCGCCCGCAUUCGCAGCGGUAUAUUGUAGGGCUCAGGACAACCUAUACGAAGAAGGCGAUGAAGAGAUCCGCAAGGCUGGUUGCGAUAACCUAUCUCUUGGGUAGGACUCCAAAUCCUAAUUCAUGUUUGAUCAGGGGGAGCAGCGGAUGCUAUCUCUAUUCUUCUCUUCGUGCAAUCUCUUCUGCGUCGAUCCCUCUUCCUCUUCGGAAUCAAUGGCCCUUUUCUCGAAAUCCAUCCAAUUCAUGGGCAUCGUCACCGUGGAUUCGGUUCGGAGGACAGAGGAGGAGCCUGUUUAUCCAAACACAGUCGACACCCAAUCCAUUGUCUCUCAUGUUUUAUCCAGGACAACCGGUAAUGGAAGCUGGAAGUGCUGAUUUUCCCAAUGCUCGUACGGCUAUGACUUCGCCACUGGCUAAAUCUAUGUUUGAAAUUGAUGGAAUCUCAAGAGUUUUCUUCGGAUCAGAUUUUGUCACGGUAACAAAGUCAGAAGAAGCUUCAUGGGAUUUUCUGAAGUCCGAGAUUUUUGCAGCAAUAAUGGACUUCUAUUCAUCUGGAAAACCACUUUUUCUCGACUCAAAUGUUGCAGCUUAUAUGGACACAGCAAUCCAUGAGGAUGAUUCAGAAAUUGUUGCAAUGAUCAAAGAAUUACUAGAAACACGAAUUCGACCUGCAGUGCAGGACGAUGGUGGGGAUAUUGAGUAUCAUGGAUUUGAUCCGGAUUCUGGGAUAGUCACGCUAAGAAUGCAAGGUGCCUGUAGCGGCUGCCCAAGUUCAUCUGUGACAUUGAAGUCUGGCAUCGAGAAUAUGCUUAUGCAUUAUGUGUCGGAGGACGAGGCAGUUAAGAAUCUUGACGGAAACGGACGUUCCCAAAUAACAGUGACACAUCACUUUGUCAAAGGGGUUGACCAGGAGCUAGAUACGGAUGAGGGUGCUUCGUCAAGCGGUCAAACGGAAUAAAAUGUUACUGAAGAAGCCUAAUCAUCGAACCUCCCCCGUAGAGAAUUAGUGCCUGCUGUGAUUUCUCAACUCGCAGCACCAUCAGCGGAGAAAUCUGGAGUUAUAGUCGAAGACCGUUUAACCUCUGUAUAUAUGUUUCAUAACAGGGGAAAAAGAUAACCAACCGUAAUGUUCGAUAGCGAAGCAUGUAACUAUCGAAAUGAGAUUUUUUUUCUUCUUUUUUAUCCAUGGGCACAUUUCCACAUAAAUGUUGUCUUUUUAUUUCAAUACUUGGCUCUUCCAAGAUCAUGGAUAAGAUGCUAUUGGUAAAUGCAUAUUUUUCUGUAGCA